AGUAACACCACAGUCCAUGUCUCCGGGAUGUACGGUCGCUGUGAAGAAAUGAUCAACACUCUGGAUCCGAUAAAUGCGAGAAGCGGGACACCCGUACUUGCGUACGGAAGGGGGACAUUUGGUGAUUCCACUGUGCUCAAGAGGUCCACCCAUCAAGAUUAUCAAGAUUGUGGUAAUGAAUCAUCACAAUUUAUGUGGAAUAUCCUCUUAGUUGCGGCAACAUGGUAUUACCUUAGCCGUACAAGCUCCGUAGCAGAACAGCUGGUACGUGGUGUUUGGGCUGCAAGGCCCGGUCUCACAACCGUCCUGUUUUGCGAUGGUAUUUUGUACUUCGUGAUGAUGAGCAUCUCGAUUUCCCACUUCCUCACCUGCAUCCGCGAAGCCGCAGAAUACCCAAUACGGGGAUUCAGCUCCCAGUCCCUGUCCUUCAUCGACUCGCAAGGCAACUCUGGCCCACGGCCUUGGCUAUCCAGCUUAGAGUUCGCCGACAUCGCCAGCGCAUCUGGAGGAGAUAAUGACGCAUAUGCUUUAUUUGAUCUUGAAGACGACAUGGAUCCGAGAGCUGAAGAUAACGCAAUUGAGGAGAGCAAUGAUGGAAUAGAGCUAGAGGAAUUCGCAACCGCUAUCCAUGUCGUCGAUAAAUGCAUGUCCUGA